AUUUAUGAACUGUUGAUAGCUUUAAACAAGUUGAACGACAACAGGGUGAAACGCCAAUAAUUAAUCGGCUGUUCUGUUUCAAUCUUUAUAACGAGACGAUGAGAAAUUUAAUUCUUUUCACGUGGAUAGGUUUUGUGUCGCCAUUUCAAAUCAUUGACGUGGGUUUGCAGCAAGAGAAAGAAUGCGGAGGAAUGGGUUUUGUUCAACUUGGAUUCAGCGGAACUCCACAGGAGUGGUUUGCCGCACUGGCGAACGAAUACAGAGAUUGCACGUACGUUAAUGGGAAUCUAGUCCUCACCUGGAUGACCGUUCCAGGCUUGACCUAUGACCUCAGUUUUCUGCAUAGCAUCAAGUACGUGAAGGGUUACGUCAUCAUAGCCGUGAAUGACUACCCCAAGGUGAUAUCGCUGCCGAAUCUGGAGGUGAUUCGCGGGAACUCAACGUUUGAGCACAACAGCAUGCGGUUGAGUUUGUUCGUCGGACUCAACGCUAUGACAGAACUUCAGCUUCCGAAACUGAGAGAGAUCUCUAAUGGCGGAGUGAGGUUCGUGAAUAACCGGAACCUGUGUCACAUGCACGAUAUCGACUGGAACAGUCUGAUGGCGGGAAGACUGACGCAUCACCCCGCCGAUCUCAGCUUUGACCAAAUACAGUCGGAAAAUUGUGGGCCAUGUUCGGCAGUUUGUGAACAGUCUGACGGAAACAGACGAUGUUGGAGUUACGAUCAGUGCCAAAUACUAAACUUGUCACACACGUGCAUAGACAGGUGUCCGCGGCGCUGUUACGCCGAACAUUUCGCCGGCUGUUGUAACCCGGAGUGUGCGGAAGGUUGUUUUGGCCCAAGUGAUACUGACUGCUACGCUUGUAAAAACUACCGGUUACACGGCAGCUGCGUUAGCCACUGUCCGGACGAGAAUCCCAGGACCUAUCCCGAGGGUCAAGAAUGUAUCGUCUUCUAAUAAUCGGUCAUCUUUCAAUUUACCAACGAUUCUUACUAAACACAGGUCAACUUGUUGACGCCUGGAAUUUAGACUUCUGAGAAAGGCUGAGGGAGAGAGGAGAUAAAAAAACCCCCACAAAAACCCCAUAGAGACAGAAACAACCGGGGUGGAGGGGGAGAGAGAGAGAGAGAGAGAGAGAGAGAGAGAGAG